CCCGUUCCUUGGUAACAAUGGAGCAGAAAAUGGCCGCCUGAGAGGGAAGGCAGGGCGACGCUGCGGCUGCUUGGGGACGGACGGAGCGCGGCGAGCCGGCACCGAGCCCGCUGAAGACCGGAGAGAGCAGCGGAGCGAGAGCUGAGGAGACGGCGGCGGGCGACUAUUCCAUUUGUCAAGAUGGAAAGCUCAGAUUCUAGUGAUAAAGGAAAUAUUGAUCAAUCAGAAGCACAACGUCAGAGUCAGCUAGAUCGCUUAGAUCGGGAAGAAGCUUUCUAUCAGUUUGUAAACAACCUGAGUGAAGAGGACUACAGGCUUAUGAGAGACAACAAUUUGCUAGGAACACCAGGUGAAAUUACUGAAGAAGAGUUGCUGAGAAGGCUGCACCAAGUUAAAGAAGGUCCGCCACAGCAAAACAGUGAUGAGAAUAGAGGUGCAGAGUCCACAGAAGAUGUUUCAAAUGGAGAUUCUAUAAUAGACUGGCUUAAUUCAGUCCGACAGACUGGAAAUACAACACGAAGUGGGCAGCGAGGAAACCAAUCUUGGAGAGCCGUGAGCCGGACUAACCCAAAUAGUGGUGACUUCAGAUUCAGUUUGGAAAUAAAUGUCAACCGUAAUAAUGGGAACACAAAUCCUGAAACUGAGAAUGAGCCAUCUGUAGAGCCUUCCAGUGGGGAGGAUUUGGAAAACAGCCAAAGUGACUCUGAAAUUCCAAGGUCUGAAUCACCAUCUGUAAGGCAGCCUGGAUCAGAAAGGAGCACUUCAGAAGAGUUAACUGAAGAAGCUUCUCCUAGAGGGCAGAGGAGAGCAAGAAGUAGGAGCCCAGAACAGCGGAGAACACGGGCUAGGACUGAUAGAAGUAGGUCACCUAUUAAUCCAGUGAGUGAGGCUCCUCGCAGGUCUCAUCACAAUACAUCAUCUCAGACAUUUGACCAUUCAGCAGUGAAUGAAACUGAGGGAAGCUCUAGAACUAGGCAGCAUGUAACAUUAAGGCAGCAUGCAGUGGGGACUGAGAUUCCUAGUGAAAAUGCAGUUCUGUUUUCAGCCCCUGAAACAAGACCUGUUCCUCAAGCAGCAGGUUCUUCAGAAACUAAUGGUGCCAGUGAGUCUGCAGCUCCUGGACAGAGGCCUCCUACCAUAGUACUCGACCUCCAGGUGAGAAGAGUUCGUCCAGGAGAGUAUCGGCAAAGGGACAGCAUAGCCAACAGAACUCGGUCCCGGUCCCAGACUCCUAACAACACAGUCACUUAUGAAAGUGAACGGGGAGGGUUUAGGCGUACGUUUUCACGUUCAGAACGGGCUGGAGUGAGAACUUAUGUCAGCACCAUUAGGAUUCCUAUUCGUAGGAUCUUAAAUACAGGCUUAAGUGAGACUACGUCAGUUGCAAUUCAGACUAUGCUAAGGCAGAUAAUGACAGGCUUUGGAGAGCUGAGUUACUUUAUGUAUAGUGAUAGCGAUGCAGAUCCUAGUGGCCCAACUCCAAAUCAGAAUGUGGAUGCUUCUGAGCCACAGAAUGGAGGGGGUGGUAGUUCAAGCAAUGAAAGUACAGAUGUUAGCUCAGGGGAGGUGUUUGAAGGUAGUAAUGAAGGUGGUUCAACAUCUGGUGCCAGACGGGAAGGUCGGAAUACGAGAGGAUCAGUCACAUUUGAAGAAAGUGGUUCUCUACCAUUCCUUAGCCUAGCACAAUUUUUCCUACUAAAUGAAGAUGAUGAUGACCAACCAAGAGGACUCACCAAAGAACAAAUUGACAACCUAGCAAUGAGGAAUUUCGGUGAGAGUGAUGCUCUGAAAACAUGUAGCGUGUGUAUUACAGAGUACACAGAAGGAAACAAGCUUCGUAAAUUGCCUUGUUCUCACGAGUAUCACGUCCACUGCAUCGAUCGCUGGUUAUCAGAAAAUUCCACUUGUCCCAUUUGUCGCAGAGCAGUCUUAGCUUCUGGUAACAGAGAGAGUGUUGUCUAAAUGAGAUCUGAAUUUAUGGCUAAGCAGCUAGUGUAAUAGUGAUGGGCAAAGAAGUCACUUCCUUUAUGGCCACUUUUUGAGUGGUAACUCAAUGUAUAGUAAUUACUUGGAGUGAAUCUUCCCUCAUGAAAGAAUUUUCUCUGAAUUCAAGCUUUUAAAAUUGGAAAAAUUCGUUAGGGUUUUCAAGAUCUAGUCAGUUUGUGUGAUGAAUUUCAUUUGUCCAAAGACAUCUACUCACUUAAAAACACUUCUUUCUUUAUGAAGAGUGCUAAGUUCUAUCCCCUUACUCCUCCAGUCCAAUAAACAUUUUGUCCUCAACAUUGUGCUUAUGAGUAGUCUUUCUGGGGAGUCAUCCCAGCUAAAUUUGCAAGAGUCAUAGAGGAAUUUUUGCAAGAAAUCCAACUGACUGAAAAAAUAACCUGAAUUUAAUUGCAUAUUUGAAAAUACUUUUGAUUUUCAUACUGGGUUAAUAUUGGACAUGUCUGUGUAAAUAACACUAAUGUUAGCCCUUUCCCCAUCACUAUGGCACGCUGUAGGAUGAGCUGUUAGCUUAAUUGGGAUAUUUAUCUUGUUGUGGAAAUAUAAGAAUUGCCUAUGCUUGUUUAAAUAAAAAAAAAAAAUCUGUUUUAAAAUUGUAAAGCUUUUUUGUAGAAGCUCAGUACUUUUCCAAUGCACUGUUGUAUUAACGCAUUAAGAAUUAAAAUUGUACCACGCUUAGAAAUUGAGAAUGCUUUUCAUACAAAACCCACCACAGAGAGAGCAAACUAAAUACAAGAGAGCUGCUUUUGUGACUGUGUACCUGUCAAGAGCAGUGCAUAUCUGUACUAUUUAUGUGAACAACUACUGUAAUAUACAAGCAGUUGAAUUGGACACUUAAUUGCCUUUAAAAAAAUUGAAGCGAAAUGUUCAUAGCUGCAGUGUUUUGGCUCAGUAGUGCCACCUAAAAAGAUGAUAAAAAUUAGAAACUGUCCUAAUGGUUAGUUAUUCUUUCAUGUGGUUACUAAUAUGUAAUAACACAAACGAAUGUGCACCAGUUCAUUUGGUGACAUGUAUGCCCUAUUUUUGUAUUUUUACUUGAAAUUUUGAGGUAACCCUAUGUAGUUCUUCAGCAGACAAAUACUGACAGUUUGGGAUUUUUUUCCCCACACCAGCUUCAACAAUAUUAGUAAUUGCUGGAUCUGUUUAGUGAACAUGCUGAUGUGUAUCCACUGCUCAUAGCCUGUGACUCAGGUGCUGCGAAGAAAUAAGUAUUAACUGGAAAAGAGAUUCAUUAUUAGAGCGCUAGAUUAAAUAUGAAAGCUAUAACUGAUUGCUGGAGUAUAUUUAAUGUUAAUCUUAAGAUUGGCUACACAUUUUAAAAAAAAAAGCCUCUUCAUACUCCUAUUGAAAGUACUGAAAUCUUGGAUUUAAAAAUAUGUAUGUGGCAUAUAGAAAUAGGGUAUUGGAAAAUGUAUUGCCACCUGGAUGUGGUGGCCCUGCAAGAGCAGGGAUUGGACCAGCUGGACUCAAAGGUCCUACCAACCACACCCAGUCUGGGAUUCUGUACCUCAGCUAUCAUUGUGUCAGGGGGGAGUAUCACUCCUCUUCAAUGAGCCAUCUUUGUUUUCUUCUCUAGUGACUUUUUUUUCUGGCCUGUAUCUGCAACAAAGAAAGCAGUAUAUUUUUAAUCUUCAGAGUAGUAGUUCAAAAGGGAUAUGAACUGCUCUUGCUGGCUAUAUGGGAAAUAUUGCUUGCUCAUCAGAUGACGAAACCAAAGCUGGCCUACCUUUUUUUCCUAAUUAAAACACAUUUUUGGUGUGUUAUAGUGGUGGUUGCAUAAAAUAUAGUCUCUGCUCUAAGCCAUUUUAAUGUCUCAUCAGCUAGUUAAGGAUUUCACAGCAUCCCAGAAUUCCAAAUUUUUUUUGUGUGUGCAUUUCGUGGUGUUUGGCUUAGUGGGAAACCCUGACUGGCUAUUGAGCUUGCUUUCCUCCUGUUGGGACACCAUCUUGGCUGAGGGAAUACAUGUGGUGUCUUUUUUUUUUUUUA